CCUUCUUUCAGGUGACAGUACGUUCCAAUGUUCGCUAGACCCGUACUCAGUGCAUCUACCUGCAAAUACGCUCAUUUGAGAUUUAGCCCUGCACAGAGACUUUGGAGAGCUCCUAUAAAAUAUCCUUGUCGCGCAAUGGCCACCUCUUCGAAAGUCCACCUGACUCCGUCGCAGCAGGCCGUGUUCUAUGUACCUGGAAUCACCUCUGAUACUGCAAACACGACAAGUGAGCUGCUUCAGGAGAACUACGAAAAACAUCAUAUCUUCUUCAACCAUGCUGGGUUCCAUAACCAUAUCGUUCAUCACCUCCUCUCUUUAUUCGCCCUUAAUGCUACACCCGCCGAGCUUAUGCAGGGCUGGAAUGACAAUGUGUCCUAUCAACGACCGCCAGUGCCGCUCAAGCAGUCCGUCGUCACAGAUAUGCAUGAUCCACAGAAGUACAAGACGUACCUGGGCAACGAGAAUCACUAUCAUAACUUCCUAGUAUUCUUUCAGGAAGAGAUCAACCAAAAGGGCUGGCAGGAGGUGCUAAACGAAUACAUAUUCAAAGGGGAUGAGAGGGCUGAUGAUAUGCUCGUGCGAAUGUUUGGUGGCAUCCUUCAUCCGAUCAUCCACCUAGGUUUCGGUGUUGAGUUCGAGCAGCCUGCAAUUAUUGCAGAGGCUUUGGCGCAAGCUGCUGUUCAUGGAAACAGGGAGGCGUCACACUUAAUCGAGAGUGAGAAAGCAGCCAAAGCCCACAGUCUAGAUACCCGAUCCGGCACAACUAUCGUCCAGCUCGUAGAAGAAAUUUACGCAGACAUGGAGCGAGGUUCGAGGAAUAGAGCCAAGCACUCUAGUCAAGUACACGUCACAGAGGAGAAUUUGGAAGAAAAGACAGCUGAGAUGAUUAAUGCAGUUGUAUACUUUACCGGUGCCGCGCAGCAUCCACCCCAUCAGAUCAAAUUCGACUUCUUUAACAUCCACGCCGUAAAUCUCAGCAUCUUCUUCUGCUCGUUUCUACGACAAUCAUGGCUCUCAAUACCCAAUAAGAUCCGACUCCUUGAAUGGAAGAUCCGCAUGGAUUUGGCUAUGUACGCAUCACCACGACCCCCCAAACUUCUUCUCGACGAGAUCGCCAAUUAUAAGUCAAAGAAAGAUUCCUCAUGGGAGGAUAUCUUUAAGCGCGUGAAGACCUAUCACGACGACGGACAUGCCUGCAAACUUGUGCGCGCUCUCGCAAAUGGCGAACAAGUUUGCAAGAAAUAUGAGCACAAGGACGGAUUCGUCAUCAAGGGCGAUAUGUGGAGGAAGCUGGGCAAUAUGGCCAUCGAUAGUGUGGAAGCGGGCUCGCCGGACUAUGUACGAAGCGGGGCCUGGUCGAGUGUGCCGUUACGCGAUCAAUCAAGGAUCUAAAUGUUGAUUAUACCAUAUUUGUAUUACCAUGUACCCCUAUUUUUGCUACACCCAUAAUAUUGAACCUAAUGAUACAACAGAAUCUUGAGGACGGAGCAAUUUCUGGUCAUUUAUGAGAAAAUCAUAUUUGAGCAUCACAACACAACUCAUGUUUUUAGAGAGAUGAUCUACUUUCUAGCCAUAAGAUGAAUGCUCUAAUGUUUUAGGAA